UUCCGCUCUUAGUCACCGGAUACGGGAGGAGACUGUUGGGAGCUGACGCGGAGAUGGCUGCUACUCUGCGGUGCAUCGAGCAGUUGUCCGGGCGGGUGGUACGCGUCCUGGGCUGUAAUCCAGGUCCCAUGACCCUGCAGGGCACCAACACCUAUUUGGUUGGGAUCGGCCCCAGGAGAAUCCUCAUUGACACUGGAGAACCGGCAGUUCCAGAAUAUAUCAGCUGUUUAAAGCAAGCUCUGACUGAAUUUAACACAGCAAUCCAGGAAAUCAUAGUGACCCAUUGGCACCAUGAUCAUACUGGAGGCAUAGGAGAUAUUUGUAAAAGCAUCAGCAAUGACACUACAUACUGCAUUAAAAAACUACCACGGAAUCCUCAGAGAGAAGAAAUUAUAGGAGAUGGAGAGCAACAAUAUGUUUAUCUGAAAGAUGGAGAUGUGAUUAAGACUGAGGGUGCCACCCUAAGAGUUAUAUACACACCUGGCCACACUGAUGAUCAUAUGGCUCUGCUUUUAGAAGAGGAAAAUGCUCUCUUUUCUGGAGAUUGCAUUCUAGGUGAAGGAACAACUGUAUUUGAAGACCUCUAUAAUUAUAUGGACUCCCUAAAAAAGUUAUUGAAAAUCAAAGCUAAUGUUAUAUAUCCAGGACAUGGCCCAGUAAUCCAUAAUGCUGAAGCUAAAAUUCUACAUUACAUUGCUCACAGAAAUAUCCGAGAACAGCAAGUUCUUAAAAUAUUUCAUGAUAAUUUUGAGAAGUCAUUUACAGUAAUGGAGCUUGUAAAAAUUAUUUACAAGUAUAUUCCUGAGCAUUUACAUAAAAUGGCUGAACAUAACCUCUUGCUUCAUCUGGAAAAAUUAGAAAAAGAAGGAAAAAUAUUUGGUAACCUGGAUCCUGACAAGAAAUGGAAAGCCAAUCUUUAGUUUCAGAUUGACUGCUUUUGAUGUUUUGUUUUUAGAGAAUGGAAAACCCUGUCAGAGCCCUACACUUCCCCCUACAAUGAAACAAGACUCCCACUUCUGCCAUCUCCUGAACUCGAAACCCAUUUCCUCCCACUACAGGUAACUGGAUACUAACUCCCACGGAGGGGGCCAAAAGGAUGUGGGAAUAUUACUUCUCCCAGGCCCCCGAGGCAAACACAGGUCAAUAAAGGUUUCCAAGGAUUUUUACUGUUGAAGAAGUCUUUUUCAAAGCAAUACUUAAGUUGCUGGUAUAGGGGAAAAGGAUAUUUGGGACUCUAGGUUAACCAUUUAACCCUAAAUCUAUAGAAUUCUUAAGGCAUCAAAUGCGAAAGUAGUGUAAUGAGCGUGUUAUACAAAUCAUGGUGCUUUUAUUUUAUUUAUUUAUUAUUUAUUGAUUCACUGAGGCAAAGAGAAAAAUGGAUAAACACAAUGAGAAUUUCAACAAAUAGAAAACCUAAGAGAGCCAAGCAGAAGUCACAGAGCUAAACAACACUGAAUUGAAAAUACAAUAAGAGGGGCUCAACUGCAGACUAUAUGAGACAGAAGAAAGGAUCAGUGGAGCUGAAAGACAAAGCAAUUGAACAUACCCAGAGAAACAAAAAAAAAAAAAAA